AUGAGUUUGUUUGUUCUCCAGGUGGACACUAUCGCCAUGGAGACUCCUCCAGUGUACAACGAGGACUACCUGUGGUCAGUUUCCUCCAGCUCCUGGCCGUCAGCGACUCUGGACGGUGAGGGAGUGUUGACCUUCCUCCUGGUCGCCCUGUGCCUGGUGUGGGUACUGGGUGUGUCGGGCAACGGCCUGGUCCUGUGGAUCGCGGGGCGAGAGGUCAAGAAGAGGGUGAGCCUGAUCUGGGUGCUGAACCUAGCCGUGGCCGACUUCUCCUUCACCGCCCUGCUGCCCUUCACCAUAGCCAACCAGGCCCUGGGCUAUCACUGGCCCUUCGGCCCGACGCUCUGCAAGCUCCUCAGCUUCACCAGCCAGCUCAACAUGUUUGUCAGCGUCUUCACCCUGUCGGUCAUCGCGGUUGACCGCUGCGUGUCCGUAACGUUGCCCGUUUGGUCACAGAACCACCGCACGGUGAAAUUGGCAACAGUGGUGUGCGCGGCGGUGUGGAUACUGGCGUCGGUCCCCAGCGUUCCCUUCCUUGUUCUCCGGCAGACGGUGGUGGAUGAGGAGGAGGGGAAGACCUACUGUUUCUACCGUGAGGAUGGUGACCGCCUUGGUCAGCUGGUGACGGCACGGUUUGUCCUGGCCUUCCUGCUCCCGCUGGCCACCAUCGCGGCUUGCUACAGCAUCAUCAGCGUGCAGGUGGGGCGACGUUGGCGGCGGAGAUCCGGGCGCUUGCCGGGCAGGGUGGUCUACCUGAUCGUGGCCGCGUUCUUCGUGUGUUGGCUGCCCUUCCACCUGCUCUACCUGCUCCACGUGUGGGCGGGAACUGCCCUGCCCACCGCCUUGUCCCUGGCCACCGGCCUGACGUACGCCAACAGCUGCAUCAACCCGCUGUUGUACGUGGUGGUUGGGCGCGGACCCUGGGCGCGGCUCAUCACCCGUCUCCGCACCACGCUACACUCGCUACACGCCAACACGGACAGUAGCGGCCCCAAGACAGAGACCCCUGACACCAGGGCCUGA